CAUAAUGGUGCCUUUAUUAGUUCUGAUUUUGAUCGUCGGAGCGCAAGGGCAAUGUUGCAAUGAUUGCUCCUGUAUUCCUGGAAGGUUUGAAGCUCCAAAAUCGCAGUUUUCAGUACCAGACGCGUUCCGUAACUUCAAUAUUACACCCAAUUAUCUACCGAUACCACCGCAGAAAUUGAUGGAGGCGCCUUUCUCUUCAGUAGAUGUAAAUUUGGGGAAUUUCAUUUCUCCUCUUAGGACCUUAGACCCCGAUACGUUUUCCUUUGAAAAUGGCAACGCUAACAAACUACACACAUUGAUAGUGAUCGACAUUGAUAGUCCAACGAAUCUGCCACGUCAUUAUAGAGGCUUCGUUAACCUUUUAGUGAUGAACCUUCCAAGCACACUGGACGUCUGUUUUGGUCAUAUAAUUGUUCCCUUCACUCCAGCUUCUCCUGAAGUAGGGACCGGAUUACACCGCAUUAUUGGGCUUGUGUACGAACAAGAACGCCCAAUUAACACUGAAGACAUUAAUCUUUAUAGGUUGGCGAGGAGCCGUAUUAUAACGCGCAUAGCUGAUUUCGCAAAGACCUAUGGCCUCGGAAACCCAGUCGCUGGCAACUUCUUUACAACGCAACUUAGUUACUGCAACAAUUAAGAACCUAUUA